AAUGGGGAUGUUGUCUAUCCGAUUAAAGCCAAAUUUUUUGGGUUUAUUGAAAUUUUUAAACAGUAUGAAUUGGUUAAUUAUCUUUUUUAGUUUAAUUAAUUUGUCAAUGUGUAUUUAUGAAGACCAAAUUGGAAAAUUUGAUUGGCGGCAGACGUACGUAGGUCGUAUAAAAUUUUCACAUUUCGAUACAGUUUCAACUGCAAAAAAAAUAAUAGUAGCCACUGAAGAAAAUGUACUAGCUGCCCUUAAUUUGAAGACAGGUCAGGUGGUGUGGCGUCAUGUAUUCGAAAAUUCUAGUCCUGGAGACAUUCAAUUAUUGCAUUAUAGUGAUGGUGAGAAAGUGACCACAGUUACAGGAUCCAAUCCAUACUUAGUAAGAGGUUGGGAUCCUGCUACUGGUGUAUUACUAUGGGAGUGGCCAAUAUCAAUUAUAGACAAUGAAAGAGCUCAUUUAUCAGAAUGGUGGGUUCAAAAUGGUAUGCUUGUACACUUACUACCAGCAUUUGGCUCGCAUUUAGAGGUUACUAUGUAUAAUUUGAUGACCGGUGCCAACAAAGGAGUUACAUCAAAGUUACCAGCUGUUUGGACUAACGAUGGGUGUAUUCUAACUCCACCAUAUUAUACUUGUAUAUCAGGAAGUAUGGGCAACUACAUGCUUUUAUCAUUAGAUGUUACAUCCAAUGCGGUACAAAUAAUUAGCAAACCACUAUCUAAUUACUUUGGUGAAAAAGAAAUAAUUGAAGGUAAUCUACGCUCACUAGAUGGAAAAAAUGUGCUACCUGGCUUUAUAAUUGAUGAUAAAAAAGUUUUAUUGAUUAAGAAUAAUGAAUUUGAGCAGUUAUAUAUAAAGUUAGCAGAAGACAGCACAGCAACACUCGUGGAAGCAAUGAAUGAGCUAACUUUGAUACAAGCUUCAAGCGACGAAAACAAGGGCUUUGCAUUGUCAGGAUACAAUAUAGCAACUGGCAAGGAGAUAAUGGAUCUACGUAUAACUGAACCAUCACUUCAUAUUCCGGAACCUGAAAUACUAGGAAUAGUUUGUAUAAAUACAGCAAGGGAACAGCCGGCAUGUAGGAUACUUAUAAAUGGAGCUGAUGAUGCACUACAUCUUAUGCAGCAAGGCGGCCGCAUAAUUUGGUGUCGGGAGGAAGCACUGGCCAACAUAGUGGCUGUUGAAUUUGUUGAUCUACCCGUCUCAGAAACGGAUGCUGCACUUGAAUCCGAAUUUGAUCAGAAAGAAGCCAUCAAGGUGUACAGUUCAGUAUGGGCAGCAUUCGUUCGUCGUCUAUACACGCAGUACCAGCAGUUGCAAACGCUGCUACAGAACUGGCAAGGCGAAGGCUUAGAGGCGGAUUCACCGACGGCACUUGUUAGAGAUUACUUCAACUUGCAUAAGAUUAUUGUUCUCAUUACUGAUGUUGGAAAGAUAUACGGCAUGGACAAUCUAUCUGGUGAAAUACUCUGGCGUCGCUACGAUGGUAACCUAAACACGGAAUCCGUUGUGAUGUAUACGCGACGUACGGCGAGGCAUCCACCGCACGACGCGUACAUUACUAUUAUUGGAAAACAUGAGGAAACAGGCAAUGGUUAUAUAAUAAGCCUAAACCCGAUCCGCGGUACAUUAGUGGGCGAAAGGGCGUUACAACUCGACGUGAGGCUGCAGCAAGUUGCCUUACUUCACGUCGCUGACACGGAGAAACUUUACGCUCUUGUAUUGUUGGACGAAGAUGAAACUGUACAGGUGUUACCUCUCUCCGCAGCACCGUUAGUUAGAGAUCUCUACAUGUACGUCGCUGACAGAGAUACAGGCAAAAUGCAGGGAUACACACUGAGAUAUAAUGGCAAGCAAGUUAUAGCCCAACGUACAUGGUCCUUGAACUUGGGCGGAUCUGGUGCACGUAUAGUAACGAUCGCGGGCAAGAGUCGCAACGAACGCGUGCACUCGGCGGGCAAACCUUUGGCUGAUCGGAGUGUUUUGUAUAAGUACUCCAAUCCUAAUCUAGUGCUCGUACUGUUGGAGAGGCCUGAUCCUGUACAUAAAGAUGUAGUAACAGCGGUAGCUGUAGAUGGGGCGUGUGGCGCUGUAGUAGCGGCGUCUACGCACCGACGGGCGCGUGCGUUGCCUCUCGCCGUACACGCGGACAACACGCUCGCGUAUUUAUAUAGAAGCGAUAAACAUCGAAGAUUGGAGAUUGCAACAAUGGAAUUAUAUGAAGGCAAAGAGCGUUGGCUAUCGGCAGGCACGCAAUUUAGUUCGUUUGCCUGCGCGCGCGCACCGAGCGUAGAAAGACAAGCGUAUAUCUUACCUGGUGCCCUCACUGCGUUGGCUUUUACAACUACGGAACGAGCUAUUACGGAUACGCAUAUAUUACUCGCCCUAUCGACGGGGAAAAUAUUGGAGCUCCCCUGGUCGUUUGUGGAGCCCCGUCGACCUCUCUCCCCUACAGGAGAGCAUCGGGAAGAGGGAUUGAUCCCCUAUGCACCCGAAGUGCCCCUGCCCUCUGAAGCCUCAUUAAACUAUAACCAGACAACUCACCGAGUUAGAGCUAUAUACACUGCCCCUUCGGGAUUGGAGUCCACCAGUUUGGUGCUUGCAACUGGUUUAGAUAUAUUCUACACACGAGUGGCCCCUUCGAAGACUUUCGACCUCCUCAAGGACGACUUUGACUAUCACCUAAUAACAAUAGUGUUGGGUGCGCUCAUAAUAGCAUCGUACAGUACUAAAUAUUUCGCCUCUAGGAAAAUGCUUAAACAGGCGUGGAAGUGAUACUUUCGCUUUAUGAGGAAUUUGAACUGUUUUAAUAUUAUAGGUUUUUUAGAAAACUCAAAACCUUUGGUCGAAAUGCUUGAAACUUCUAGUUCUUAUUGCUUCUGCUGUAAUUAUAAAUUUAAUUCGAUACAUCUUUUAAAGUGCCGUGAACUUAACCGUCUCAGUGCUAACUACAAAAAAACUAUGUUAUUAUUAAGGAUAGCUAAGUAUUAAAAGCAAUAUUUAAUUUUACGGUUAAUAUAUAAUUUAUUAUAAACCUCCACUGCCAAGCUUUCAGUUCAAAUUCCUUUGUGUGUGUGCAUAGAUUAAGUUAAUAUUGGCUAUAGACAAAAUGGUGCUAAUUCCAUACGACUCCAUAAAUUUGUAUGAAAUAUCUCAGAACAUCGCUAUGCAUUCCUAACUUGCUUAACACCAAUAAAUUUGCUUACAACUCUCAUAUUUAUCUUGAAAAUAAAAAAAAUCUAUAGAAAAUCAGAAUUAGCACCAAACUUAAGUAUUACUUGUCUCGGCAAGUUAAUACAAAGUGAAUGAAACAGAAUGAUCGUGCAUCUCUUUCUAGUUGUCUAUGGCUUCGGCUGACUCUGCCAAAGAAUAGUUCUGAUGUGGAAAGUUAAUAACAGUAAAUUUGGAAACAGAAAUCAUAACAGUUUAUAGUCGUUAUAGUUCGAAUAACUAAAACUUUCCUUGGGACAUAUUGUACAUUCAUAUGAACCAAUCAGGUAUCGCGUUUUUUACAAAUGACUAUUUUUGACAUGAGUAAGCCGGAAGAUCUAUCUAGUUGGUUGGAAAAUUUUGGUUACCAUAGCAACGCUGCCAAAUCGUUGUUAUGGUAACAAAGUGUAAGUUAUUGUAAAGACUUUAAGGCUACGGCUCCAUAAAUGUAUUUUAUUAUUAAAGACUAGGUUAAUUUUACUUAUUAAUUCAAUUUAGCUUAUAAAUAGCAAAUUUGAUAGAAGUUAGUAAUUACGCAUUAUAUAACAAACAUUUUUUAUCUAGUCUUUGGCCAAGUGGUGCCGUAGCUUAAAAGUAAACUUUGUAGUGAACGCUUAAAUCGAACAGAUUUUAAGUUAAGUUCAUAAUGAACUAGCUACUAUACAUAUACUAUAUACUAAAGUAAGGAAGUAUCACCAAAUAGGUUAAAUUUUAACUAGUUUAAAUUUUAACAAGUGCGAGUUUAUAUAAAUAAAUAUUUGACUAUCAUUUAUGAGGUAAUAUGGAAUUAUUUAGUCUCGAACUAUCAGGUAGAGGAAUGUCGAAAAUCCAUUUUAAAACAUUAAUCCGUAGACAAUAAAUGAAUUCAAGAUGGCGUAAUGACAAUGUACAAAUGUGUUGCGUAUAUUCUGUUCAUUGGUCACGCCUUAUAUCAGAAUAAAUAGGAUUUUAUUAUACCAUAUUAUAAUAGCUAGUGCAAUUUAGUUAAUAGGGUGGUAUGUCAUUGUUAAAACCAUUCCAAACGGAAUUUAUUUGAAUAGAACUUUAUUUAAUUAUGGUUUUUGUAGAUUUAAUUAAGUAUAAUUUCUGUGUUUGCGCUUUAAAUACCGAAUCUAUACAUUGACGUCCGUAACACCGUCAACACUUCAAAGCAGGCCAAUGUUAAGAUCAUGUAACUUACACACGAUACAUCCUCAUCAUGAUGUAUUAAAAAGCUGGUACUUUUUUGUAUCGAAUUACGAUAUAGCGAUGAGAUUUCCGAAAACAAGUGCGUAUGGAUGACUUUAUGGGAAAUUUUGAAUAUAGGCAGGCUCGGAAAGUUAGUGAUGGACCAUUGAAAAAUGAAAUUAGUAAUUAACGCCGUCGUAUGAAGUUUUAUAUGAAAACAGCGCCAUCUAUGUAUGGACUUUAAUUAGGUGUUCGUUUUUUUUUGUUUUGGUGGGUCUUAAAUAUUGCUAGGUAUAUUUUAGGGUGAAGCCAAUAAUUUAAUAUAAAUAGAAUAAAUUCGAAAUAUAUUAAAACUUUUAUAUAGUAGGUAGUCUUAUGUAGUUCAAUUUUAUAUAAGAUAACACCAAUGGUAAACUAAAUUUUCAGGCCUCAGGCAGCGUAAACAUUAUGUUGCGUCUAAAUAUAGCAAUUUUAGUAGCAUUUAUCUUGGUAAAUUUGCAUUUUCUGGCGGAAUAAAUAAUAUGAUUUUGUUUUAAAAAUAAAAUUAAUCUCUUUUUAUUUUACUUUUCCAUACACCAUUGGUUUCCUUACAUAGCAAUUUAAAAACAAUACAGGAAUCUGGGGUUCUACCUCUUCGGGAAUCUUACCUAAUCGGCGUCAUUUUUAUUAUAAUUUCCUAUAUUCUUUGUUUUAAAUGAUUUUUGGAAAGGUAUGCUAUGAUAAUAGCUGUAACGCCGGUAUUUAGUAAUUUCAAAUAGUGAUCCUGACGUUUUAGUAUGCAAUUCCGAUGUACUGGAUAUUCGUAGCGCUGGUGUUGCAAACUUGGGAUUGGUACAAAAUUUAACAGUGAAGUUCGGAUCGUUUUCGAUUGGGCUUUUCAGAGUACCGAUGCUGCAAUUUCAUCCUAAAUUGUCCAAGGUUGAAUUGUAAUUAAUAUAAUUUCAUAAACAGUUGCUCACAUGAUUGUGGUUAUUGAACACGGUAUUGUUAAUAUUUGUAAUAUUACCUAGUUUCUUACCUAACUUAUAAGUCUCAUUGGCUGUUUAAUAUAUUUAUUGCGACAUUAAAACUAUCGUUUCCGAACGAAAACUAAAAUGGGUUUCGUAUUUUUUCUAUUUAUAAACGGUUUUCAUUUAUUUUUGGUUACAUAGAAAAUGGUUAUCGUGACAAGUCUACAACUAAUUAAGACGAAUCAAAUACAAAAAAAAACAAUAGUUUACAUAGAGACAGCCAUAUAUAUAUAUAUUAUGUUAUAACGCUUCAACCACUGUAAUAGUAAUUCGAUUAAGAAAUUUUAUAUCCUAAAUAUUUAAUCCCUGUAAACUAGUAAUAUUUGGUAGACGUCAUAGACACCACUGUGUGUGCAAAGAACAAUUAUUAUUUUAAUGCUAAGGUUUUUAAUUUAAGAGUAUUUCUGCUGGAUUGUGAUUUAUGUCUGACUGUACCAUCUUCCGUGUAAGUAAUGUUAAUUCUGGUACAACGAAAACACCCUUUGGGAUCUGGAAGAAUGAAUGAGUGGAACUAUCAACGUUAAUAAACAGAGAAUUGUUUUAAAAACUUUGCGAGAUAGUUUCAUAUGAAAACCAAAAUUCACAGUUAAUUCAACACUUACACCAUGUCAGUAAAAGCCAAUAUAUAAGAAAAGUAUUUUUGUUAGUGCAUGCCCGUGUACAAUAAAGUACAUUAAGUCUUUACUCAGAUUUUUUUUAACAAAAUAGAAGGACAUAAAUACUUUCGAAAAAUAAUAAUUGUGAAAUGGAUGGUACAGUCUCGUAAAUUCAUUAUACUGUAGCCUUAUAAACCGGCAUCAAUGUACAAAACUUGUUGCAAAGAUAUAGCGUAUAUGAUAUUGUUUACAGAGACACUGUUUGUGUAAUAAAUCUGAAUUACCUAC